AUGUUUAUGAGGAAAGAGUUGCGUGGAGAGGUAUCCGAACUUGUUGUGAGCAUUAUACAAGCUCGAGAUUUAACAGCCAACCAGUAUACCGGAACCUUAGAUACAUAUAUUCGAGGAAUUAUACUUCCAGAUUCAGAUUCUAAAUUUCAGACAAAGAUUCAACGUAACACGACGGAUCCCGUCUACAAAGAACGCUUCCUGUUCAACUUUAACCCGGAAGUGCUAGACGAAAAGACAUUACAAUUCCAGCUGUUCGCUAUAGACAAAUAUCAACGCCAUAAAGUUAUAGGAGAAACGGAACUUCGUAUUGGUGACGUUGAUCUCAGGAAUCCAAUCAAAAUGUGGCUUAAUCUCAGAGAUAUAGACGAUAAGCCAACAGAGUUCGGUGAUAUUAUGUUCUCAUUGAGUUACCUACCCACUGCAGAACGGCUGACUAUUGUCAUAGUAAAAGCUCGCAAUCUACGAUGGUCUGAUGCCAAAGACACGGGAGAUCCUUUUGUUAAGGUUUACUUGUUACAAAACGGCAAGAAGGUCAACAAGAAGAAAACAACAGUGAAACGAGGCGAACGAAACCCAAUAUUUAAUGAAGCCAUGAUAUUCUCGGUUCCUGCAUCAGCACUUCCGACUGUACAGUUGCGGAUAACAGUAGCCGAACUUCUUCCAGACAACCGAACGCCAUCUUUAGGUCAUGUGAUUGUGGGUGCUAACACUUCCGGUACAGAACUGUCUCAUUGGAAUCAAAUGAUGACGUCAUUACGAAAACCAGUAGCUAUGUGGCAUUAUUUACGAAAGUAGCGCUCGAAAGAUAUUUAUGUAUAGACAUGUUUGAUGUUUUAAAUCAAGGACAUAUCAGAUGGGCAUGGUAUCAAAAAGAGAGAUUAUUAAUAAGUCAAAGAUUUUAGUCAGAAUAAAUCGUUUUGUUAUAAAUAUGUGAGAUAAUAAAAAUGCUAUUCUUGAAAUAGCAUGUCCGUUGCUUUUAUUUUCAGAAAUAACAUUAUUUCCGUUUA